CGAGGAUAAAAGGCAGCAAUCGUGAUUCUUUCGGGCAGUGUCGAUACGAUCGCCGUACUCAUUCGAGCGUCACGUGCAAAAGAGAAGAGAGUCCAAGAUCGCAAGGACGAGAAAGCGCGAGGAAGAGAAGGAGAAGAAGAAGUGGAAGAAGAAUAAGUUUCGAGGAGUAAUUAAUCUCGAUUCGGUGUUUCCUUGCUGUCCGGAAGAUCCGUCAAGAUGUUCAAAUUCGUGGUAAUUGGCGCACUCUUCGUGGUGUCCGCUCUCGCUGCACCGGCAUCGCAGGACGCGGCGGCGGCGGCGGCGGCGGCGCCGCCACCCUCGAUCCUCGAGGAAGCCCUCGACGUGUACGCUUCCUGUUCCGGGGAAUCGAGCAUCGCGGUGUGUCUCAAACUGAAGGCUCUACGUUACGUCGAUCGCGUCGCUCGCUCGGCCGACAUCGACGUUGUUGACGGAUUCAAGAUCGUACAAACCGAAGAGGCCAAGAAUAGCCGAGCUGACAAUGCAAGGUCUCUUAAUGAUAUCGAAAGUACAUUACCUGCUGAGACCGAAGCCAAAGAAGCUGCAAUUGAUCAGGCCAUUGUCGACAGAACCGCCAAAUUUUUAUCUACGCACACCGUUGAGUUGAGCCUUCCCGAAGAUGUUUCCCGUUCUUUCGAUGAAGCUCGUGGCAAGAAGAAGAAGAUUGUCAAAUCCCUGCUGCCCAUCCUUCUUCUCCUGAAACUGAAGGCUGCUGCCCUUAUUCCUAUCGCCCUUGGUGCUUUGGCUUUGAUAGCUUUCAAAGCCCUCAUCAUUGGCAAGAUCGCCCUCAUCAUCAGUUUGAUCAUUGGCCUGCAGAAAUUGCUCGCUUACAAGAGCCAGAGCUACGAGGUCGUCGCUCAUCCCGUUCAUGACUAUGGACACGAUGUACACCACGAUGUACAUCACGGCUGGGCGAGAUCAGCGGCCGGUUCUGAUCUCGCGUACAAGGCGUACAAACCUUCCGAAUAGUUCAAAGUUACGCACAACAUUUUUCCCUUCUAAUUUGCUACUUUCAUUCGCCAAAGUGAUCGCCUCUAAUCCGGUGAUCACCCGAGGGUGGCGUGGCUCAACUUCUCAGGGAUCCGCGGACAAGCUCGAAUACUACGAACGACUACGUUAAACGCACUUCUACGUGGACAGGCAAAUAACUGUUAGACAUGGACGGUUACUGGAUUUCGCGUGGACUGGAUUUAACGGUACGUGACUCGACAACUCCGAACGACGAUGCUGCAGCCGACAAUCGAUAGGGAUGCUACAAAUGCUAUGGACUUAAGUUUGAUGUACAUUCCGGCGGUCUUACGACAAAGUUCAUUUUCACAGUUCAUUUUACUGACAAGAGACUAUGUUCCGAGAGAGUUAUGAGAAUCUCAAAAGACUCUCAAAAUAGUAGAAACCUGUCAGAAUGAUAGAAGUCGCGCCCCCUUAAUCAUACUCGUGAAGUAUCCUUUCAGAGUCCUCCGUGUCUAUCGGAACCGCUCGUAGUCAGUACUCGCACGAGACCACCAGAUUUAAUCCAAUGAUUAUUUAUAUAUCGAUUACCCCGUUUCGGGAUUAUCAUGUAACUUAUCAUAUUAUUUAUAAAUAAAUUGUAAUUUUUGUAUAAUA